AUGAAUCUAGCAUUUUCAACCUCCAACGCUGUCCUCGAAGCUUCAUCCCCUGUCUUAUCAAGUGACGUUUUUCUUUUUGAAGACGAACGCUUAGAAUGCGUUUACAAGCGUCACAAAAGUCGCUUUCAACGACAAAAAGAUGCUUUUGAAACGAGUAUUUGCAAGAAACCUUGGAAAGGAUUUCGAAACUAUAAGAUGUUUCUAGAAACAAGAUUACAACGUCGUAAAGUGGUAUAUGAAUGCUGCCAGAUCUUCCCAGCGUUGCAUCAUGCGUCCAUUUGUGGAGAUCGAAAGCUUGUUCACACACUUUUAAAUACACCAGGCGUGUGUGAAUUAGAACGUGAUGCAUGUGGACGAAUUGCACUACAUCACGCUGUAAUUACUGAGCGAUUUAAGAUUGUAAAAAUGUUAUUGCGACGUCGAGAUGGGAGGCUACAAGUCCAUACUCGAGACAAUUCAUAUCGGACACCACUGCAUUAUGUACUAGAGAAAUUCCCAACGUUAGCUCGGCAGACUUCUAGGACACACAUGGAUACGAAUGUUAUGACAUUAAGGAGUAAACGCAAUCGACGACUUUGGAAGCUAGCGGAUCAUAUGCUGGAAAUGUUUUGUCAAGAGGUUGUAGCAAAUGUUGGUGAAAAAGGUGAGGACAGUAUCAAAGCAUUGGAUAUGCGCUGUCGUGGAGACUUUUGGGAUUGUUGUCGCUUUGGAGACUUAAAGCGAUUGGAAACGAUAGUGAAGGUGUACGGGUGCACGACAAAAGACUGGAAAUUGGAUGCUUUAAUGCGAACGCUAUUGCAUGAAGCUUGUGAGAAUAAACAGCUACAUCUUGUGUCUUAUCUCAUCUCAACGAUUGGAAUCUCCGUCCUGAUACAAGAUUCUGCAGGCUGCACAGCAUUGCAUUGUGCUGCUCGUCGAGGCUUUCUGGAUAUAUGUCGAAUGCUUCUUGGUAAAUCACCAUCAACUUGUAAAGAUCAACUUCAAAAAACUGCUGAAGAUUUAGUCCUCGUUCAAGAUGUUCGAGGUCGAACUUGCUUACAUUGGAGCAUGCUUGGUUACUAUAAUUCUACUGUCCGCUCGGAGAUUGCUAUGCUCUUUGUGCAAUCUUUUCCGGCAGUGCUACACAUUUGCGACCACGAUGGAAUCUCACCGCUUCAUCUCGCUAUUUGGAAAGGCCGCGUUGAACUGGUGCAACAAUUCAUUGAUUUAGGUGCCGAUAUUUGGGCUUCCAACUCGCAAUCUUUGCAUUAUAAAGCAAAGGAGAAAGCUUCUUGGGCACCUUGUGGUAUUGUGUUUCAACGUUGCUGUCUUCAGAAAGUAACGAAAGCUUUAGCAAGUGAGCCUUUUCCCAGUCAACGCGACAAGAUAAAAAGACCUGAGAAGAAAUUGUUGGAUUGGAUUCAAGUGCAGCAUCCGGUCGAGGCAUUAUGGUAUUGGACACAGCAUUCAAGUAAGCAUCAUACGUCAUCAAUAGAGAUGGAAUGUGCGAAGAUGAAAGGUGAAGAUAAAAAGGAUGAACCAUUGAAUAGAGAAAACGAGUGGGGAUGUCGGAAAUAUGGUGGACACUGUCACCAGUGCCAACUCUCUUCAUGCGAUAAUAUGACUCGAUCCCUCUUUCUCUCAACAAAUCAAUGCGAACAUGAUCCUUUGACUCCUUUGCUACUUGCUUUGCGUAUGUGCGCGCUAAAGUAUGAAUCGAAAUCAACAUAUAACGAUCGAGUGGCGAUCACUUCGCUGCUGCUCAUGAACGGUGCAUCUCCUGACCAAAUCUAUGAUGACGAAAGAGCUCGUGAUAAUAUCAUGGAAUGUAGUCAUUCGGCUCUAGAUGAAGGGCUUCGAUUUUCGCUUUGGUGUCCAAAUAUCAUAUCAAUCUUGCGUCAGCAUGGUGCCGAGCAACUUAGUAUUCAUAGGCUUUUGGACUGGUGUUUCUCGAUACCUGCAACGAUGCCAAAAGAGGCUGAAACGAUACUUUUGCAAUUGAGUGAGAUUGAGCAUGUUGCCUAUAAUUCUGAAUUUCUAACGAUGCUAUUCCUUCAAACCCAUUUUGUCAUCUUGUGCAAGUUUUGGUUAAUCAAACGUCGAAACUUUUUAAAUCAAAUGCCGGAAGCUAAAUGGACGGGGUAUGACCACAAUUUGAUUCAAGGCGAUUCACCAUGGAAAUGUAUACAUCACACCAUGAAGAGUUGGGAGAAUUCAAGAGCCAGACUCGAUGGAAUGGGAAAGAUCAGUAGUGAACAUCUCAAAUUCAUGUGCUCACCAACGACUUUGGAUCUCUGUAAUCAUUCUGACAAUGGUCACUGUGCAUUGGAUCUCCUCGAAUAUUGUUUGGGCUUAGUCCUUCGGCAAAGAGUCAAUAAAGAUGUUCAAGCUAGAAACGAUACAAUGUUAAUGAAAGAGCACGAUGAUAUCGUACUGCUAAGUAUUGACAAGCUGCUUGAGUAUUGGAAACGGAACAAGGAAUAUGAUGAGAGAUGGAUUCAAUUUAAGGCGACAAGCUGGCUGAAACUGCUUGUAUUGCGAGGAGACUUUACUUGUGCGUUAGUUGUUCUGAAAACAUGUAAGCCUUUAAAUAUUCUGCUGGAUAGGGUGUUUGCAUUUUACUCGGCAUCAAGAGGCUUUCAAACUCGUAAUCAAGAUCAGCAGCUGGAUCAGAACCACGAAUUCAUAAACGAAUGUGCCGUAAAAUUACUGAUUGAAGACUCGGUCCAAGUUGAAGCGAAGUAUGUGAAUGGUUUAGAUUCAACAAGCGUUGCUUCUGCACGAUCAAUUGUGUACUUGUGCGCUUUAAAUCUCGCAUUAGAUCUUGUAAAAAGAUGCUUUGAUAUUACAUAUCAAGAAGAUCCUUUUGAAGAAACAGGUGAUACCUUUUCAGCGAUAAGAAAGCUACGAGUUGGGGGUAAGACAAUGGUGCAGUGGAUUGUCGUACAUGAUCGUUGCGACAUCAUGCUGUGGCUGCUUAAGCGUCUUCCAUCUGGAAUUGAGCGUAGUAUGUGUUGGAGCGACUUUGUUGGUGUAGCAAUGCACAACAGUCACAAGAAUUUGGUGGGAAAGUUGUUCUCUAACGUCUCAGAAGAAUAUCUUUUUAGUCUAGAUGAAAAUGACAGAAAAACCUUGGUAUCGACCUUGAUAGUAAAAGGUGCUAUCCCGACAAAUUCGGUGAAUAUUAUGAAGCGCUUACUAAAGAUCUAUAUCGAAUGUGAUGUUCAUAGUGGAAAGCACAAAGAUUCUGGCAUCUUUGCAAUGACAGGUAUGCUACACUGUAUUGCACGCUGGAAUGCAGUUGAAAUUGCCAAAUUUUGUGUCUCUGAAAUGAAUCAGUCUCAAGUUUGGCAUCACUUUUUCAGUCAAGAGAUCAAUUGCUGUCAAAACAAAGACGAAUGUACCCCGUUAGAACUUUGUCGACUAUUCGGACAUCGUCACUUGUAUCAAUUCCUUUUUUCUCAAAUUUCAAUUAGAACCGACAUGAGAUUAGCUAUCGACAUUCCAUCAUCCAAAAAGAGUUUCAUGAACCGUGCUUUGAAAAAAAAGCUUGAUCUCAUGGGUCUUUUUCGAAAUAUCAUUGAAUUAAAUGGAAUCACGACAACUAGAUCUUCAAUACAACCGAAAGCAUACGAGAAUUCUACCGGGUACAAACGUUAUCUCGUUCUCAACGAUCCUUGGCUUUCUGCAGUGAGUAACAACCAAGUCUCGCACUUGCAAGCAUUAUCACUAGUGCAACGUCAACCAAGCGUUUCAAUGCAAGACCUUCUUUUAUGUGCAAUCAAAGCUUGUUCAAUUGAUGCAUUCACUUGGAUCCUCGAAACUUAUGCACCUAUUAUGACAUAUUUGAACGAAAACGAAAGUAUCGAGUGUUUGUAUACUGCUGCAAAACAUCCAAGCAGUAUGUAUACCAAAAUGACGUUAAUGCUACUUAAAGCACAAUUUUGUUCUGGUCGAUUAUCCGGCGAUGGAACAAAUGUACCGUUACUACACCGUGCUGCAUGUUUUACGAAUGUUACUGCAGCAAGGGAAAUCAUGUCGAUGCUGCUUGAGAGAGCAGAUUGUGACGUAAAUGCGCUUGAUGCAUUCGGAAAUACUGCAGUAUCGUAUGCUAUUGCCGCAGGAUGUAUCGACAAUGCGUGCUUUCUCAUUCAGAAUUUAAAGUGUCGACUAGAAGGAGAAUACGAAGGUCAGGCGUGUUUCUACUAUACACUACAUUUGGUUCCUUCUUUUGCGUGGCGCACAUUAAUACAGCACAUACUUGUGACCAAACGAUCGCGUGCAUAUCUUCACUGCGAUGGUGAUGGUGAAUCUUGUGGCUGCAAAAGUUUUGAAUACGCAGUGUGUGCAGUAUCACAAGUGUGUACCUUUUGUGGUCAUGAAGCGCCAAAUCAUCGCAUUUUACCAUAUCCAUCGUGGUUUCGAGAUCAGUACGAUACCUAUCGUGCUGCAAUAUCGCCACAAAGACGCUUAAGCUCCAUCUCGGACGACUAUACUAGCGAAAGGGACCAUCUUAAUAAUAGAUUUGAAGUCGCUAGUGUUGAAGAUGAAGAAAUGCUACUGGAAAAUGAAUGUGGACGACUUAAUGUCAACUUGUUGAAGCGAAUUACGGCAAUUCGAUUUUCUGACCUUCUCCAUGCUAGUGGGCUGUACAUUGCCUGUGCAAACGAGCAAGAAGUUAUUGACCAAAGUAGAAAUGAGAAUUUGGUGUAUGAGAGCGGUGACAGCUUUCACCUGUUAGAAGAAGAUUUGAAUUUGAUACAUGAGGAAUCGAUGGUGCAAAAGUCGACAUUUUGUGUAAAAUUCCAGCGACCUUAUGGUGGCGAUACGGAUAAUGAACACAAUCGACAGCUAACUGGUCCUUGGUGGUUGCAACAGGAGCUAGGGAUGGUCCAUCCUUCACAUUGUCGUUGUCAGACAUUUGCAUUUGUGAUUAAUCCGACUCAACUUGUUCAUCUUGUGAUCUCUCGGUGGCUCCGCCAAAUAGCAAAUAGUCGCAUGCAGCAGACAAUAAGUAGCGACAUUGUAAACAUGACAGAGGGUGCAAGUAUAACUAUUCAGUCAGCGUUUGGAAUCUGGCGAUAUAUUGCCCAGCAAUCUCCACACGAAGCUGCGACGCCAACUCUGAAACUACUCAAAAGCAUUUUGUUUUACUGGCGGCAUGGUAAGCAGUUUGUAGCGUUCCAACGCUGGAAACACCACCGAAAUAGCGCGGAAUUUGCACACCAUCAGCUUGUUACACGAUUGGAAGAGAUCGCUAUUGGGAUGCGACAAAAUCGAUUUUUGAAGCUGCAGCUACGUCAGCAGCAGCUUAUUGAUGACACUCGAUUACUUCGAUUGUCACUAUAA